ACAAUCUUGGUGAGUUAAUCAAGCAGUAAAGUUGAAGAUAAAUUGGUUGCUGCAUAGUUUAAAGUGCUUUGAGCUGCAACAAUGUAAACCUUAAGUGUCCUAUUUAAAACAAAUGGAAGAUGUAUUGUAUACAUUUACAUUUUCUAACAUAUAUUGUUUAUAAUGUUCAUAUUAUGUAUUGCUCCGUGCAACAUGCAGAUCUGUUUUGGGAUAAAAUCAGCUUGUUGCAGCAAUAGUCAACGACAUGUAGACAUUCACUUUACCUUUCAUUGUCAUUUCUCAUGUAUGUCACAUGUAAGUCGGUCAAAUAAUGAUUUUUAAUGAUAUUUAGCAGUCUGUAUCCACUUUCAGAACAACAGCCCAACAGAAUGUACACGACUGUGUGGUCAAAUUUGACAACAACAGCAUCAUAAAUUUGUAGAUGACACCACAGUGAUUGGUCUAACGAGAGACAGUGAUAAGAGGGAUAUAGGAGGGAAGUGGAAGAUCUAACCAUAUGGUGCCAUUGUAACAAAUCUCUAAAUGUCAAUAAAACAAAACCACCCUGCUCAUGUUCUGUGCUCACUCCUUCCGUCUAAAAAUUUUUUACUGGAGCAUCAAAUCACACAAACCACCUGGUGGUCAGUAGCUUCUUUCCACAGGCAGUCAGGUUGCUGAACAGCUGACGCAACCAUAUGCACUUCACAUUGUUGUUAUUGUAUUCUGUAUAUUGUGUUUAAAAGGUAUACAUAAGAAUGCACUGUGUACAUAGUCUAUGCAGGUCUGUAGUGGUUUUUUUUUUGCUGUUUUGGGAUAAUGUGUCUUUUGUGUUAAGGCGGAGAGAGCCAGAGCACAAGUAUUUUAUUAUAUUUUUAAUAUACAUGACAAUAAAAAUUAAUUUGAACUCAUAAUCUGUAGAUCAAUGCCAAAUAAAACGAGCUAGACCUGAUUCUUGUUUACCAGUAAAUACAUCAGGAACAUGUGAUUCCCAUCAGGUUAUCAAGAUAAUCACCUUCCUUAAAGGUAAACUCCACCCCAACGGUUUCCUGUAACCAUGAGAGAUGAGAAAAACAGAAACACCUCUACAUUGCUUUGCAAGCCAAUACAAAAGUCUUGCAUAUAUGCUACUUCAAAUUUAUAAUUUUUAUUUGUUGUUGACACUGCAAAUUUUACUCUAUGGUAACUUCUGAAGCUGUAAUUUGUGGUGUAGAUGAGUUUAAGAAUAUUUUGGCUCCUCUGUAUAUUUAAAUGAGGUGGACAAAAUAUUCUGAACUCCUAUGAACUUCUUUCAUUAUAAUGUCCUGUAGUUCAAUAUAAUAAUAUGUAAUACUACCACAAAAUACAGCCUCUAAACAUAGAACCAAAUCAAGUUUGAAGAAAGAAAGAUACCACAAAAAAAGAAGAAUACAAGCCCAUUUUCUUUAGUCAUUGUUUUGUUUGAGUUGCAUCUUUUUAUCACAAAUCUCCCAGAACAAGUGACAGUGGGAGGUGAUGUGUCAUUCUCAGCUGAUAUCUUUUUUCCCUUUAGCUUCUUUUCAUUUUGCCUUUAAAUGAUUUGUUUUGGUUCAGGGUCAUUCUAAAAAUGUUUCACUGUUUUCGGUUUUGUUUCACGUUACUGUUAUUCUUCACACUCCGUCUCUCAAAUGAAAGGCAUUAAUAAAGAUAAAAAUAUCUCUGCCACAUAAUCCCCGAGGGUCAGCACAAGUUUGCCAAAGCAUCCCUCUUCUGUCAGUCAUCUAAAGCGGCAGAGGCAUCUGGUGUGAUAACCUUGUCACUCCAGUUCUGGUGAUUCUCUCACUUGAACUGACAGAUUAUAUUCUCCUCCUCAGUUUGAGAAAAUUUACUGACCUCCUUUUAUGUAAGUUUCUAUGAUCACUGCAAGAUGCAUUAUCAUCAAGCCAAAGACUCUGUUUCACAAAGUUGUAUAAAACAUGACAAUUUGUCUUCAUUUCUGGUAUUUGGUCCAAAUAUUAACUGCCAUUUUGUCCUUUGUCUUUUAGGGGAGAAAGAGGGCAUCACCCUGGCUGAGAUCAGGCUCGUCCUGAUUGGUGGGAGAUGGGCUGGCAAAAGCUCGUCUGGCAACACCAUACUUAGAAAGGAAAGGUUUGAGUGUGGCCGAACACGAACAACUCAGUGUGAAGGGAGACAUGAGGUGGUCGAGGGGAGGAAGCUCACUGUGGUUGAUGUUCCAGGAUGGAGCAGCUCCCUCUCCCUUACAGAGAUACCAGAGGGGGAGAAACAAAGAUUCAAACUCAGUGCCUCAAAGUGUCCGCCUGGACCAAACGCUUUCCUCCUUGUUAUUCCCAUUGACUGUGCUUUCUCUGUGGAGCAGAGGAGGACUGUUGAGGAGCACAUGAAGCUGCUGGGGCAGCGAGUUUGGAGAUACACCAUGGUGCUGUUCACCUGUGGGGAUUUCCUUGGGGAGAAAACGAUAGUGCAGCACAUCGAGAGCGAGGGAGACGCACUGAAGUGGUUAAUCGAAAGGUGCAACAACAGGUACCACGUGUUUAAUAACAAGAAGAGUAACUCAUCUCAGGUCACACAGCUGCUGGAGAAGAUAGAUGAGAUGGUGUGGAACAACAACGGCGGUUACUACGAGUUGGAUGAACAGACUUUUUAUAUCAUUAAAGAGAAGCAGCGAGAGGUGGCUGAAAAGGCAGAAAAGAGACGGAGGAAGGCCGAGGAGCAAAGACAGAAAGUGAAAGCACUCAUUCCAGAAGAAAUGAAGUCCAUCCCAAAACUCCAGGUGAUUCUCUUGGGAAGUCGAAGUGUUGGGAAAACCUCCAUAGGGAACGCCAUUGUAGGAAUCAAAGAGCAAGAGGAUGGAAGAAGAACAGCACACUCGGUGGCCCGGAGAGGUGUUGUGGGUAAAACUGAAAUAACUCUUGUUGACACACCAGGUUGGUGGAAAGGCUUCCCAGUGUUUGACACUCCAGAAAUGAUCAAAGAGGAAGUAAUGCGCAGCAUGUUCCUGUGCCCCCCUGGGCCCCACGUCUUCCUGUUGGUGAUAGACGCAGAUGCAUCCUUCAAUGCCAAACACUUAGAUGCAGUGACAACACACAUGAAUCUUCUCGGAGAAGGAGUGUGGAGACACACCACUGUAGUUUUCACCAGAGGGGACUGGCUGGGAUCAAACACCAUAGAGGAGUACAUUGAGGGCGAGGGAGAAGCCUUACAGUCUCUGGUGGAUCAAUGUGGUAACAGAUAUCAUGUCAUUGAUAACAAGAAUGCAGAUGAUGGUACUCAGAUCACAGAGCUGGUAGAGAAAAUCACCGGUACUGUAGCUGAAAAUGGUUGGGAGCACUUUGUUCCAGAUGAGCAGAUCCUUUUGACCAUUGUGGAGAGAAGAAAAAGAGUGGAAGAAGGAGCAAGACUGAGGCAAAGUCAAGUUAAGGCCAAAAGAAAAACCCUCAGAGGUUCCAGAAAUAAGUUACAAGAGCUGAGGAUUGUGAUGCUUGGUCAAAAGACAUUUGGAAAGAGUGCAACAGGUAAUAACCUCCUGCGCAAAGAAGUGUUCGCUACCUGUAAGAGUGAGCAGUGUCAGAUAGGAGAGGCGGACGUUGCUGGCAGACUGAUCACAGUGAUCGACACCCCGGGCUGGUGGAAGGAGCUGUCCCGCUGCACUGAAGAGAUUGACAAAGAAAUUGUCAGAGGUUUGACGCUGAGCCCGUUAGGGGUUCACGUUGUUCUGCUGGUUGUUCCCUUGGACAUGACAUUCAGAGAAGUUCAGCAGGUCGCCCUGGAGGAACACAUGAACCUCUUUGAUGCUGGUGUAUGGAAACAUGCCAUGGUUCUGUUCACAUACGGAGACAAACUGGCAGAUAGAUCCAUAGAGGAGCACAUUGAGAGGGAGCACACUGCUCUCCAGUGGUUGGUGGACAAGUGUGAGAACAGAUACCAUGUCCUGAACAAUAUGAGGAAAACAGAUAUGAGUGAGGUUACCGAGCUGUUUGAGAAGAUAGAGGAAAUGGUGUCAGGGAACAGCGGCCGGCUCUUCUGCCCUGACAUGAAUGACAUCCACCUGAGGAUUGAGGAGAAGAUCAGGAGGCGGCAGCUCAAACAUGUAUUGAAGCAACGACUGGAGCAGGAGUACAGGAGGAGAGAGCUGGAGCUGAUGAUGGGCUUCAAGGAAAAACUCCUCGAGCUGCAAGCUGACAUCAGGGGAAUACAAGUGACAAGUACCAAACCAAAGUCACUGAUUGGUGACAUGGCCAAAAUCAAAGCAAAGGGAAUUGGUCAAAGGAAGAAGGAGGAAAACAUAGAUGCAAAAUUGACUCAGGAAAUUGAAAAGCUGGAUAAGGAAAUUAUGAAAUCCACAGUCCUUCUUCGGAGCAGCAUGGACAUCUUGCUCCCUAGCUUUAGCGGAGACAGUAAAGCACCAUCCAUCGCUGAGUCUUCAACCAGGAAAAUGUCAACCAGUAACUUUGAUAGAGUUCUGGGUUGGCUGUCCACACUUCAGAUCGGCACAAAUGUAGAGAAUGAGCUGACCAUCAACUCCUCAGGAUACAGAUCUGUGCUACCACACGAUGAGUUUGACUGCGACGGGGAAGCUGAUAUUGCUGAAUGAAUCAUCUCAACAGAAGUGUAUGUAAUAAAAAUGCAUUGUAGCAGGGCAGAAUUUGCACUCAGGGUAGGCCUAAAUUAAACAUAAUGGAAGAAUCAAUAUCAUGAAAUCAUAAUAUGAGGGGGCAGUAAAGUUGGAGAACAGAGCUUAUGAAUGUAAGGCUGAGUCAGUUUGAUCUCUGGACCUGGAGGAUAAAUCUUGGUGCGGAAGUGAAAGAGUAUUGAUUAUGAACAUUUGUACAAUGUAUUGGAAUCCAAUACUGCUUUUAUUAAGCUUAUAUUGUUUCAUUAAGCUUAUCAACUGUGUCAGGCAAGUCCUUCAGUCAUGUUUUUAAUGGAGGGUUUAUAAUAUAUAUUGGUUUUGUGUUUUUAAUCCCAUGUUUGUUAUUUGAUGUGAUUGCUUUAUUUUAUAUGCCACAGAUAGUGAUGCAGGGUGCAGGGAAGACAGUCUGGAAGCAGCUCACUGGAUUUGUAUUCAUGUGAGAGUAAAGUAUUUCCCCACUGUGAUGAUAAAGUGUAUCACAUAAUGUAUUUUAUUUUCCUUUUUCAAAAGGAAAGAUUGAAUCUUUGCAAUUCAACCUUUGGAGUUUUCCACAAAGAAUAAACUCCACCUCACUAAACUAGUAAAAGGUCACAUGAGGUGUGGAGUCAGGCUCAGUGAUACAAAAACUACAACUUCUUUGCUUUUUGAAAUUAAAAUAUCAGUUGAGUAUGUCAUGGGACUUUAUUAGAUGGAGCCAGGCCCUGCUUCUUCUACUUCUGUACUUCUGUUUCUACUUCUGUUAUAGCACUAAAAACUAAUGUAUUUAUUAUUACUUAUGAAGAUAAUGUAUGACUUGUCGAUUGUAAAUGG